GAAGGAGCUCAGUGUAAGGGUAGACUCACAGGUGUGCGGUGCUGUCUCUCGGGAGCCUUGAAGAAUGUUUAUUUAGCAAGAUUUUGAUACAGGAUUUUCUACAAGUUUUCACUAACGUGUGUGUGUGUGUCUCAUCACUUGGCUAGCGACAAAUUGCUCUGCUUCGCAAAACGGAAGAAUCGUGGACUGGCAAGACCAGCGAUAAGCUUAUUACAUCAGAACGGGACGUCUUUGGAUGGUCUAUCCUAUGGACUGACCGAAGGUCUCGCGUCAACAGACAGACGUUACAAGGCGGGUCGCUGAAGACUUUCAUCACCAGAGACUGAGGCAGCACCCAACACCACAGACUUAAACCAAGAGUACCUGACCAAGAUCUGCGUCGCCGGAGGCUUGGAGAAACCAGAGUAAUUUUCUCUGCUUUGAGCUGAGAAAGCUUAUCACUGAAUGUAAUUUACAGAGAGUAGACAUUGAGCCUACAUGUAUCUUAAACGGUAUCGGCAAUCCUAUUUUGUAUUUCGUGUUUGUUAGGGGUGUUACUCAUGGCUCUAGCUAGCCUGCCCGGUUCACGAUGGCUCAUGUCUCGUCUAGAAACAGCAGUGACAAGUGAUGCUUGGUCUCUUGUCUCUAAUCAUCCCUGGCUUUGUCUCGCUGGUCUGAUACUCAUUUCAGUCAUACCUGGCUCGAAACGGCUAUUCUACAACAUCGGGUCAUGUGUGACUCGCAGAAUUACGGAACAUCCCAUGCUGUCGAUAGCUGGAUUGAUAUCCCAAAUGAUCCCCGGCUCACGAUAUCUGGUAUAUUGUUUUAAAUCGCUACUGGCCCGCGAUGGCUGGUCGGGUACUCUCAGGUCUAACUUAGCGAGCGCUGGCUGGUCCGGGGAGGCUGUUCAUCCAUGGUUCGCGUUGGCCGGGCUUGCGUACUCGGGCCAUCCUCAGCUUGCAAUAGCUGGCCUGGUGUACUUGGGUCACACCUGGCUGGCCAUGGCUGGCCUGAUAUGCUUGGGUCACACCUGGCUUGUGUUGGCUGGGCUGGUGUUCUCGGGUCAUAUCUGGCUCGUCAUAUCAGGUCUGCUGUUCUCAGGGUAUCCGUGGCUGACAAUGGUUGGUUUGGUUGUUUCAGGCCAUACGAGGCUUGCCCUCGUUGGUCUGGCCUUCUCAGGCCAUCCAUGGCUCGUUCUGAUUGGUCUGGUGCUGGUUAGGGCUUUUCCUAGCUGCCCUGUUGCUCAAGGUGAGGAGGCUGACAGCCCUCUUACUCAUCAAGGCCAGGAAGAAGGUGGCGGCCACCUUACUCAUCAAGACCAUGAAGGUGGUGGCGGCCACCUUACUCAUCAAGGCCAGGAAGAAGAUGGCGGCCACCUUACUCAUCAACCCCAAGAAGACUGUGGCGGCCACCUUACUCAUCAAGACCAUGAAGGUGGUGGCGGCCACCUUACUCAUCAAGGCCAGGAAGGUGGAGGUGGCCACCUUACUCAUCAAGGCCAGGAAGGUGGAGGUGGCCACCUUACUCAUCAAGGCCAGGAAGGUGGUGGUGGCCACCUUACUCAUCAAGGCCAGGAAGAAGGUGGCGGCCACCUUACUCAUCAAGGCCAUGAAGACAGUGGCGGCCACCUUACUCAUCAAGACCAGGAAGACUGUGGCGGCCACCUUACUCAUCAAGGCCAGGAAGACGGUGGCGGCCACCUUACUCAUCAACCCCAAGAAGACUGUGACGGACACCUUACUCAUCAAGGCCAUGAAGACGGUGGCGGCCACCUUACUCAUCAAGACCAGGAAGACUGUGGCGGCCACCUUACUCAUCAAGGCCAUGAAGACGGUGGCGGCCACCUUACUCAUCAAGGCCAUGAAGACGGUGGCGGCCACCUUACUCAAGGCCAUGAAGACGGUGGCGGCCACCUUACUCAUCAAGGCCAUGAAGACGGUGGUGGCCACCUUACUCAUCAACCCCAAGAAGACUGUGGCGGCCACCUUACUCAUCAACCCCAAGAAGACUGUGACGGACACCUUACUCAUCAACCCCAAGAAGACUGUGACGGACACCUUACUCAUCAACCCCAAGAAGACUGUGACGGACACCUUACUCAUCAACCCCAAGAAGACUGUGACGGACACCUUACUCAUCAACCCCAAGAAGACUGUGACGGACACCUUACUCAUCAAGGCCAGGAAGAAGGUGGCGGCCACCUUACUCAUCAAGGCCAGGAAGAAGGUGGCGGCCUGAUCUUGCAGCCCUAACUAAUAAAUUAAUUGCUGGGUUGAACUUCCAACCCUCCCUCCAUUACCCCCCCCCCCCCC